AUGCAAGGGGUUGGGCAACCAGUUGACUGGACGGGGUUUGUAUGGAAUCGAAGUUCCAUUCCCAAAGCUCGAUUCAUAUUAUGGUUCGCGGUGAAUGAGAGAUUGAAGUCUAGAGACAAGCUAGCUGCAUUAGGGCUCAUCCCUACUGACGCAUAUCCUGUAUGUGGUUUGAUUUCAGAAUCUCAUUCUCAUAUGUUUUUUGCUUGUAACUAUAGCUUUCAAUGUCUUCGAGACAUUUUGACAUGGUUGGGUAUCAGGAUUCCUAGUGAUUUCCUUGCUGAUUUUGCAUCUCGAAAGUGGAAGUGUCCUACAGCUAAGAGGAAGAUUGCUACUAUUGCUCUAUGCAGUCUUACCUAUGAAAUUUGGUGUGCUCGGAAUGACUCGAUUUGGAAUUUCAAAGUCCCCAUGGUAAGUAGGAUUACUAUCAGUAAAGAACAGAGUUUUGCAUAUUCUAAUCAAAAGCGUUAA